AUGUUUCAGUUUGACUCAGAAGCUCAGCUGCUUGUGUCACAGCUCAGUGUGUUUGGUGAGUCAGUGUCAGUGAUGGAGGGAGAUACUGUCACUCUAAACACUGAUGUUACUGAAAUACAUGAAGAUGACAACAUACUGUGGAAUUUUGUACCUGUAAAGUCUCUGAUAGCUGAAAUCAGUAGAGAUGUUGGAAUCUUCUAUACAUCUGAUGGUCCUGAUGAGAGAUUCAGAAACAGACUGAAGCUGGACGAUCAAACUGGAUCUCUGACCAUCACAAACAUCACAACUCAACAUGCUGGAGACUAUGAAGUAAAGAUAAGUGGAGCAAAACUGACAUCAAAAGCAUUCAAUGUUUCUGUCUAUGCUCAUCUGCCAACUCCUGACAUUAUCAGAGACUGUUCAUCAUCUUCAUCAUAUUGUUCAUUGGUGUGUUCAGUGGUGAAUGUGGGUCAUGUGACUCUCUCCUGGUACAAAGGAAACAGUUUAUUGUCCAGCAUCAGUGUGUCUGAUCUCAGCAUCAGUCUCUCUCUACCUCUGGAGGUGGAAUAUCAGGAUAACAACACCUACAGCUGUGUGCUCAACAAUCCCAUCAGUCACCAGACUCAACACAACAUCAGCAUUACUGAACUCUGUCAGCCAUGUCCAGAUCAGGGCCUACCUUUGUUUUACAUAGUGCUGAUUUCUGCUGCUGGAUCUCUGUUGAUUGUAGCUACAGUCGCUAGCAUCAUUUCAGGGCUUGUUAAGUUGGCUGUUUGUGCCGAGUUACCGGUUGAGGGAGUAUCACUCAUUCUUGGUAAUGACUUGGCAGUGACUCAUGCUCAGUCUCGUAAGUUUGAGGAGACUGUGGAUCUUUCCAAGUCCUUUAUGUCUACUGAAGUUCCCAUUCAAGGUGUAAAAGAUAAGAUUCUUGGGAUGAACAUGUUCAACUUCUGA